GUUUUCUUACGGUAAAUGGAUGUUGAGAAUGAAUUGUUAUGGCGUUUGACAAGAACAUCAAGGAAUGGAAGUUCGUGAUCCUGUUCAAAUUCAUUGGUAAAUUUGAUGUUGACAUGUCGGUCGUUGAGAUAAGAGAGAAAUUUAACAGCAGCGUCCUUAUUGUGAGUGGGGCUUGAUCGAAGUUUUGCUCCAAGCAACCGGAAGUGAAAUGCAAACGAAUUGAAAUAAUGGGAAAGAAAAAAUUUCAUAUCGGCCGAUCAACAAGGAGUGGUCGCAAAGUCAGGCAGUAGACAUAUGGCGGCGGCUUCGGUACAAAAAGUCGUGUCUGUUUUCUUUGACAUUUUAGUUACAAAGACCGUAAUCCAUCUUAAGUAUUUGGGAUAGUGGAGGUGGUUUUAAGGACGUAACUGCCUGGGAUGAAUUCCGAUGAGAAUCCGUCUACAAAUUCGUUAUCUUCGCUUUCAAACUUGCCCAAGAGCCCCGAUUCUGAUGUGGACGAGCUGGAUCCGUUAGCGCUCGGAGCAUCGGAGGAAGUCAACACGUCUGCUUACAACGACGACAGAAACGUUAUUCAGCCUUCCAAGGUUGCCGUCAGUGUUGAGACGUUCCAUCCAGAAGUUUUAGGCCUGCAGAGAAAAACUCCUUUAAAUUCGCCUUACAUGUACAGCGAUCACUCAAACAUGGCGAACGAGGUUAACGGAGAGCAACCGUUGAAGCCGACACAGAUUAAUGAUUUUGAUAAUUCCGAGAGUGUUAGGGACACAACAAACGAGAACGGCGCAAACCACAAUGGGACGGAUUCAGAAUCUUCCAUGAUCACAACAACGGUAGUUUCAGAAGGUAUUUCGCUCGAUUCUGCGCGAGGGAUCGUUGUCAUGGAACAAGUCGCUUUGGAACAAAUAAACGAAUUGAUCGCUGCCUCGCAAACUCAAAAUAACAAUAGUUCUGGCAGUGAUGUAGAAGUCGAGGACCCGUGUGACAGACGCUUUAGGAGUGAAAGUCAAAAUUCGGACAGUUCUUCAACGGAGUUAGAAAUCUCUAGACAGUCGCCACAACAACCAAUAACAGAGGCCGAGUUUAAUGUGAGUAGGUUUGAAGAUCUUGACACUAAAGAGAUUGCCGAGGCUCUAACGAAUGAACUCAAGAAAUACUCUAUACCACAAGCUGUUUUUGCACGCAAAGUUUUGAAUAGAUCUCAAGGGACACUAAGUGACGUAUUGAGGAAGCCUAAACCGUGGAAUGAACUAAGAGGUGGAAGAGAGAUAUUUCGUAAAAUGAAGGAAUGGUUGGACUUACCAGAGGUAAAAAGAAUUCCCCAACUAAGAACUGAAGCUGCCCUGGAACUUGAUGCUAAAGCUAGAAGGGAAGAAUUCCCUGGCCCAGCAGCCAAAAAGUCCAGGUUAUAUUUCACAGAUUCUCAGAAAAGAGCACUGUUUGCCAUUUUCAAAGAAACUAAAAAACCUUCAAGAGAAAUGCAAAAUGCUCUCGCAGAAGAACUUGGGCUUGAAAGGGGAACGGUUGCAAACUUCUUCAUGAACGCCAGACGACGACAUCCAGAGAUUUAGAGCCUCAAGACAUUACAUAGUAAUUAUGUAAGUGACAGGACAUAGUAGAAGAGAAGAAAGCAAAGCAAACUGUGGGGGGAUGUGAAGCUAUCAAGCAACAGCAUAUUAUAAGUCAGUCGCAGUACUCAGCUUGAGUAAGACUUAUUAUUAUCUUAUUGUUUAUGUUUAUGCAUUAAGAUCCCAUAUUUGACAGAAGAGCAAAAGAUCCAUGCUUUAAAAAGAACAUUUUUUUAAUAGAAACUGUAACUGAGCAUUUGUUUGCAAAAGUUGUUCCUGGUGCUCAUCUUUUAAUAAGCCCCUAAAUUAUAUUUAUUGAUUAGGUUUGUUUUCUGGAGGAUUCCUGCAGUGAGCCUGUUGUUUAGAAUUUGGUUCUUCCUAAAGUGACACUGAGUAUCUUGCUGACAUUUAUCAAGCUUGAAGUGCUCACGCUUUUCCUAGUGAACAAUCAUCAAUCAAAAUCAAUUUGUUUUCUGCAUCGUCAAAUUUCUACAAAUGGGCCUAACCACCUAAGUUUUAUACUGAUUAAGUGUCAUUAUUUCACAACAAAUCAUUUGAGAUCAGCCAAAAGUUUUUACCAGGUUCACUCAGGUGCGAAUUUAAGGUAACUACUUCAAAAUUGCUUGUAUUGUCUUGUCGUGGGUUUCUGACUAUUGGGAAAGCCUCCAAAACUCCCACAUGCUUGUUACUAGGCAAAAAUGUACGGUGUGAUGUUGCUCUCUGCCACAAAUAGGUCUGUGACACUGCAUGAGUUACCAGAGCAAGGUUGAAAAUACUGUAACUGACAUAAGUUGUUUGACAUACUGUUUGUCAGGUGACUCUCGUAAGUCACGUGACGAAUGCAUGUCGUCAAGGGAGUCUAAUUGUCCAAUAGACUUUUUGUUAUAUUAAAAUUCAGUUUUGCAGUGAGGCUUAGUAGACACAAACAAAGGGGAUUGAAUGACAUAUUUACUCAUUUCUUUCGUUUGUGUCCUCUCGGGUUCACUACCAAGCUGAAUUUUAAUAUGUCGAAAGUGACCUAUUGUACCCAUCCUUUAAAUUUAAAGCCUAUCUCAUGAGGUUUCCAACUUUUUAACUUAAAUAAUUUAUAAAGCCUCCCACACAGCUAUUUUUGUCUCUGUGCUGGUACAUUGUCAAAACAAUGUUUCUGUUUACUUUUUAUGACAAAGAUAUAGCGUAAGUGUAUCUUGAAGAUAAUUGUUACGGUGAUAUCAUGUUAAAGUAGUUAUAUAUAGUAAAUCUUGUUGUGAUACAGUGGGCACUUACUUCAACUCUAUUGAGAAAGCUGCUUCCCCUGGGCUGAAGGUGGCAGUUGUAGACCACAGACCAAUGCUCUGAAGGAAACCAGGUGGCAACUGGUACAUUUACCCAGAAUUCUUAGCACACGAAAACUUUAACAACGCUCAUAAAAACGUACAGAAAAGUUCGAACAUCUUCAAACCUGGCAUACACUAUGUCCAUAGCACAGGGACAAAUAGAGCAAAAAUAUGGCUUUCCUUGUACUUUACGCGAUGUGUAGGGCUCGCGUGGUAUUGUGGUAAAAUGUUCAGCCGCCAUCUUUUUUUCUUACGGAGGAUUAACUUCAACUGAUUACCGCUUUGAAAAAAGGGGUAAAUGCCAAAACUAGUUACUUUGCACGAUAAAAUCACUUAUCUAAACUAUGUAAACAAGACACAUCACUUUUACGCUGAUCAAAAACGAUCUUCUAUAGGACAUGCGGUUCACAUGGUAUACAUGAAUUUUCCCUACGAAUCAAUGCGAGUUAACGAGAGUCUACCGUGAUAGUGAACUACCUAAACAACAGCUGAUGUCUGUUAAUCAAGUAAAACUUGAGUUAGCACGUAACAUUUAAGUUCAACUAUUUCAGAAUGAGGAAUUUUUGUGUUCAUUCUGUCGAAAUUGGCAUUUCGUCAUUCACUUGUUUUAGGGAGAGGUUACAAUUACCGUUUAAGGUACGUCCUCGUAGAAACACACUAGAAGGGUCUGAAUUUUUGGCCCAUCAAACAAGUCGUCAAAAGCUGGUGAAAACUGGUGUGUCAGUUCUUUGCCACUGGAAUAUUUCGUGUCAAGGGCAACCUCUCAUGCGGGAAUGACGCAUGCUCAGCCAAUUUCAAACCAAAAACGUGUUUUUCUCCUGAGGGUGAUUCUGACAGCAGAAAUGUAGGAAAUCUUGUAGUUAACUAGGAGUACUUGCAAAAAUAAAUGUGACAUAAAAUUAACACGGAAUAUUUUACUUGAAGACGUACCUACAUGUAAAAUUGCAGUGUAUUAAUUUUGCAGUGCACUGUGCAUAUACUGAAGAGAUAUAGAAAGUAAACUAUUUUAUUCCA